UUUCAAAUAGGUACCUAGGUAUAAUGACGAAUGAAGGAUUAGCAUGCGCAAUAUUAAUGCCAUAAAUUCUCACAGACCGGUUUCAUUCUCAGGUAAAUACCAAGUCAUCCGUACAACAGUCAGCGUUUGCGGGACCGGAGUGGAAGACUCCUCGCCAACCUCAUGACUUUUACUUAAGUUACGACUAUAUCGUCGGAGACUCCCUGAUCUAGAUGUACAUUCUACUAGCCUGCCUCUGCCAUUACAUGAAAUAUUGCAUGAGUACCUAGGUAAAAUAGACAGUCGACUCACAGCUAAUUUUCCCCCCUUUUAGUAUUCGUUCAGAACAAGCGGUCAUAGUUAUCAUCAUCUCUAGUCCCCUAAUCAAUCCCUUUAUAUACUCUAUUGCAGGACGAUAAUUAGAUAGGCGAGGAUAGGACCAUGCCUUGCUCAUCUUAUCCGUUGCCAGCUGGCGCAAAAGGCGUAAUGAAUUCGGCCGAACCAUUGCCCACAACGCCCCAGGAGAUAACAGCGGAAUGGUGUACCAAGGCAUUGGGCCACAAAGUGAAGACUGUGACUAUUGCGGAGGAAAUCCAUUCAACAGCGAGCAAAAUAUUAGUCGACCUCACCUACGAGGGAAGACAUAGCGUCGACGAAGUACCAUAUAAAGUUUGCGUUAAGGGUGGCUUCAAUAAGCCGCUUAUGGGACUCUAUCCAGACUUGCUGUGGACCUAUCGUCGAGAAGCGGAGUUUUACUUCUAUAUUAGUCCGAUUGUCACGAUGAACCUACCUAAGAUCUGGUAUUGUGGCACCGACACUGUUACUGGGCAAGGCCUUGUCGUCAUGGCCAACCUGGCCGCUCAAGGCUGCGAGUUUGGUGAACCACUGAAACCGUGGCCGGUGGAGAGAGUCCGCGCAGGAGUCGAGCAGCUCGCAUCCCUCCAUGCGAAAACUUGGGGGGCUGAUGAGGUGGACUUUCCUUGGCUGGUGGGGGACAAGGCGAAGAAAGAAAAUCCGCUCCAACGUAUGGUGUCUUCUUUGAUGAAGUCGGGAGAGUGGGAAGCUCGUUAUAAAGACGCGGCCGCGCCGCCUUUGCCGGAGUCGAUUGCGAAUCGCGAGCGCUUGGAGAGGGCAUUCAAAACCAUGCGGGCGACGGAAAAUCCUAAAUUGACGUGCGUCCUUCACGGCGACUCGCACAUCGGAAACACGUUCAUCACAGCCGACGGCCAGCCCGGUUUUGUUGAUUGGCAAACCGCUUAUGCAGGCGUCAACGUACAAGACUUGGCGUAUUUCGUCGCUGGCGUAAUGACCGUUGAGGAUCGCCGGAAACAUGAAGUCGAUCUGGUUCGACACUACCUCCAAGCACUGCACCAUAAUGGCGGCCCCAAUUUGGAAAGAGGUGACAUCUGGCACGAUUAUCGGAAACACACGUUGCACGGACUGGCCUGGGCCUUCACGGCGCCAGGGAUGCAACCGGAUGAAAAUGUUUUCGCCAUGACAGAGCGCCAUGCCGCAGCCGUUUCCGAUCAUGGGACUAUUGAGCUGCUAGAGUCGCUGCAGGAGUAUGCGAACGAGUAGUUCAGAGUCUCUAGGAAUUUACUAAGAAUUGCAGCCGAUGAUGUAGGUAGCGUCAGGGGUAAAGUCGCCAACAUCGCUAAUAAUGAUUAAGCUUUCGAGAAGCAGGUUGCCACAAAGAAUAACAAAUAGGUACAUAACAAACGAAAGCUCUGUU